AUGUCUAUCCUUAGUUUCUCUGUAACAGAAGCUGCCCACAACGGUGGCUUCUUCACUGUGGAUCUAAUCCACCGCGAUUCUCCUAAAUCUCCCUUCCACAAUCCUUCUCUAACUCCUUCACAGCGGUUGAACAAUGCUUUGCAACGUUCUUUUAACCGUGUCCAGCAUUUCAGGUUAUGGUCUCCACAAUUGGCCUCAGCUGAUAUAAUUCCCACUCAAGGUGCAUUUCUCAUGAAGAUAUCUCUGGGGACGCCACCAGUCGAAAUCAUGGCCUUUGCAGAUACUGGUAGUGACCUUAUAUGGACACAGUGCAAGCCCUGUGAUGAAUGUUUUGAUCAAAAGUCGCCUCUAUUCAAUCCAAUCAGUUCUUCAUACAAAGCUAUACCCUGUGGUUCAAGACAAUGCCAAUCUCUUCAAGAUACUUAUUGUGUUGAAAAUAGUUGCCAGUAUGAUCAGGGAUAUGGAGAUUCUUCUUCCACUAGUGGCGACCUUGCCACUGAAACAGUCAGGUUGGGUUCCACUUCCGCCACAGGCCUACAAGUCUCCCUCCCCAACACCAUUUUUGGCUGCGGACAUGAAAAUGAGUUAGCGUUCAGUAUUGCUGGAUCCGGCAUAGUUGGCCUUGGGGGCGGGUCAGUUUCGCUUAUUUCCCAAAUGGGUGCUUCCAUUGGUGGUAAAUUUUCCUAUUGCUUGGUUUCAAUGUCUGCUCAAAACACAAAGUCCAGCAAAAUGAUUUUUGGAGGCAGUGUCCCAAAGUCCCCAGACACAUUCUACUACCUAACAUUGGAAGGAAUCAGUGUUGGAGACAAACGAUUGAACUUGUACAAUUCCACAACCCCAUCAAAUGCUUCUAAAGAUGGUAACAUCAUCAUUGACUCAGGAACUACGAUGACUGUCCUUCCAUCGGAUCUCUACCACCGGCUAGAAUUGGCAGUGAAAAAUGUAAUCAAGUUGCCUACUAUCAAGGAUCCAGAAGAACUGCUACAUUUGUGUUACUCUAAUUUGGCUGAUAAAGAUAUACCGAUUAUCGCAGUUCAUUUCAGGGGUGCAGAUUUGAAGUUGAAUCCAUUGAACACUUUUGCUAGAACUAGCUCAUCUUCCAGAUGCUUGGCUUUUGCCCCAGAUGAUGAUCUCUCCAUUUAUGGUAACAUGGCACAGAUGAAUUUCCUUGUGGGCUAUGACUUACAGAAAAAGACUGUUUCCUUUAAGCCUACUGAUUGCAGGAGACAGUGA